CGUGUUCCCAUAACUCCAAAGUCGCUGGACUUGAAUCGAACGCCAUAUAACACGUUGCUCCCCUUUUCACCUUUAUUGUUCCGUCAUUUUCCUCUUUCUUCCACAAAACAAACCCUCGUUGCGGCGGUGAAAGAAUUUCUUUUUCUUUUUCUUUCCCCAAAAUCUCCGAUGUCCAAAACCUAGCUAUUCUCCUCCGCCGCUGUCGCCGAACAGGGAGCCGAAAAUUUCGGUUUUCUUCUGUUCCGUUACUAUUAUGCCGACUUACACAGCAAUAGCCUUAGAGAAUCUACUCGAACCUCGUGUUCGUAAAUCCUACGGAAAGCAACAGCUAAAUGACCAGAAAAAGGAAGAAGAAAAAGUGUUGGAGAAUAUUCAGCCACCACCGGCGCCGGUGAAUCACAUAUACAUAUCACCGGCUUUGUAUAUAACACCUGAGCAAGCUCCGAUUCCGGAAACUUCUUCUGGUUCGCUGUCUCCUUCUCCGUAUGUAGUCAACCACAAGCGACGUGGCGGUGGUGGAGAAGCCUCCUUUGCGAACCGGAAACUUGAUGAUAAAUUGGAGGAAGCUGAGAAAGUUAAGGAGAGGACUGAUUUGGAUUUGAAAUUGAAAGAAGAGGAGUUAGCUCAGGAUAAUUUGUUUGAGGCAGAAGAUGAAGAUGAGGGUUUUUUGGAUCCGAGAUGUGAUGUGUUCAGUGUUGGAAGUGUUAAUAAUGAGGUGAAAGGACUUGAUUGCCGCAGCUUUGUUUCUGUUCAAGGCGAGUUCUUUGAUGCUGAUGAAGAUUUCUCCUCAGAAGGGUCAGCGCUGAACUCAUACGGCGCUAAUAUUGAAUUGGAACUGCGCGCCACAAGGCUCAAACUCCUUGAGGAAAUUGACAGGAGAAAAACUGCAGAGGAUACUCUUAAUAUGAUGCAAUGUCAGUGGCAGAGCAUCAGUAAUGUUCUAUCUCAUGCAGGGUUAACACUCCCGUCACCUUCGGAUGUCAUUGGUGGUAUGCAGCCUGAUAAUGCUUCAAUUGAGCAGCUCUCUCAGGAAGUAAUUGUCACAAGAUUUGUUGCUGAUGCAAUAGCAAAAGGUCAAGCUCGUGCAGAAGCUGAACUAGCUGCGGAGGCGAUACUUGAAUCAAAAAACCAGGAGAUUUCAAGGUUGAGAGACCGGCUCCGAUACUAUGAGGCUGUAAAUCAUGAGAUGUCCCAGAGAAAUCAGGAAAUUGUUGAUGUUGCUAGGAAGCAGCGACAGAGGAAAAGAACACAGAGGAAGUGGCUAUGGAGUUGUAUAGGGCUCUCUGCUGCCAUUGGCGUUUCAGUGGUUACUUAUAAUUACCUGCCACAAACCAGUAAACAUCAACCAGUUUCAAACCCCUGUGAUUCAACAGGUGCUGGCGCUCCCGAAACUGCGUAACAAUAUUGGUUAAUUUGCUCAGCCAACACGCACACACUCCAGGGUUUUAAGAAGAGUUAUACAUAGGUUAGGUAUUGCGGCAGUUUCACGCUGCAGUUUUGCUCUAAUAAAAGUUGGACGAGCUAGUUAAUCUUGUUGAAGAUGCAACAGUGUUGCUGGUACUAAAUCAAGAGGGUUUGCUUAGAGCCUGUGCAAAUCAGAUUUCAAGGUUGUUAGCUAUCUUGCAGUUUGCUCACAUAAUAAUUAGUGUCCUGAGUUUGUACUCAGGUCUGUUGGGCAUUUGAGAACAUAAAUGUCUUUCAAUGUUGAUGUCUGUAUUUGGUACUGUUGCAGCUUGGUAGAUAAUCAGAUCAGUCAUGUUUUUAUACCAUUAGCGUGCAGUAGGCUUAUUCUACCUUCUUUCGAUCUGUGAUAUAAAGUUUUUAAUCA